AUGGCGGCUGAAGAUGCUCUGUAUCUAAACAGGAGGAAGGUGGCAGCAAACGCCUCCCGGAGCUUUCACUUUACCCCAGUUCGAGGCCAGCGGCUCCUGCUCUGCAGCGCGCACGGCCCGGCGCUGCGGGGGCGUUUGCGAGCGCAGCGGGCGGCGCGUUUCCUCCCAGCGCCCCGCACUGGGGACACAGUUCACCUGCAGGGAGGAGGGCAGGGCCGGGCAGGGCCUGGCCUCGCCGGGCCGGGCCGGGCCGGGCGAGCUCGCCCAGUGCGGAGGCGGGACCAGGUGCCGGGCUGGGAAAGGACUGCGGGGCGGCGAGCGGGGGGCCUCCGCUGGGCAGCAGCCAGGCGGGCGCUCCUGCCGCACCGCGCCGCACCCCGCGGGCAGCCAGGGGGACCCGGCCGCCCCUUGCCAUGGGCCGGCGUUUCCUGGCGCUGGUGGCCGGCUGUCUUCUCUCGUCGGCAUUUUGGAAUUGUGCGGCAACCAAAAAAUGUAAGAAUUAAUUCAGACUUGAAUAGCACUCUACAGUGGGAUCCACCUACUUUCAACAAAGAAAAUAUUACUUAUACAGUCGAGUCUAAGGCAACAGGUUCCACUUUUUCUCCAGAGCAAUCUGUUUCUCAGGGCCCUCUACAGACAUGGCUAGUGAACAGUCUUUAUAACAGGAAUGUGUGUGAGAACAUUGUCAUCACGGAGUGUGACUUCUCUUCUCUGUCUGUAUAUGGAAACUACAUCUUGCGAGUCAGAGCUGAAUCAGAGAACGAAGAGUCUGACUGGGUGAACACAAUCUUUAAGCCACUUGAUGACACAAUCAUUGGACCACCUGAUGUAAAAGUGAAAUCUGAAUCCGGAUCUUUGCAUGUAGAUUUCACAGGCCCUGUUGUUGUACAAGGGUCGGACAAGUGGCCUUUAAAGAAAUAUUAUGGCUCUUGGGCUUACAGGGUGCUAUACUGGAAAAAAAGCAAUAGUGAAGAGGUUGAAACCACAGAUACUAAAUAUAACUCAGAAAUAUUAUCUGGUUUGGACCCUUGGACAAUAUAUUGCCUUCAAGUUCAAGCAGUUAUUCCUGAAUGGAACAAAAUAGGAGAACUGAGUGAGGAGUUCUGUGAUAGGACAACUGAUAAUGGUGUAACUCCAGUGUGGAUAACUGUCACUGUUCUUCUAGUAUCAAUGUUGGUUGUUCUAGUAUCAGUUCCUGCCUGUUUCUUUACCUUUUCUUAUGUAUAUCGACAGGCCAGAUAUGUCUUCUGCCCUGUGUAUUCUUUUCCACAACAUCUGAAGGAGUUUUUGAGCAAGCCUUCCUACAGUUCACAGUUUCUUUCACCGCACUCAUCAGAAGAGGAUCACUCCUUUGACAAGUUAACUGUCAUUUCAGAAGAAUCUGAAAACUGUAGCGAUGAGACAAGCAACACAAAGGAGCAGCUUCAGGACUCCCAAGAAGAGAUUUCUAUUCAGAAAAAAGUUUUAUCUUUUGAAAAGGAAUCAAGUUCAGUCUUGUACCAGAUUAGGCUGAAAACAAAUACCCAAAUAGACAAUUAAAUGUGACUUUAAAUUGAGAAUGCAGCAGCAACCACUUGGUAAAAUUCCAGAUUUAAAAUGUGUAAAGAGAGUUUUGUCAAUCAUAUUUAUUUUUCAACUCUGAGAAACAUUAUUAUAAAUGAGUCCUGAAGUAGGAUGCAAUUUUUAAUGGCUUAUUUAUAACCUGUGGCACUAACUAUAUUGCACCAUAAUAUGGUACUUCUUUUAAAGUAAGUAUUAAAUAUAUAAUUCGAAACAUUUAUUUUAUUGAAUAUUAAAGUUCAUCAGAAUUAUGAACAGCACAGCAUAGUUUUCAAAGAAAACUUUUCCUUUCCAAGAAAACUUUAGAUUUAACUGAUUUUAGUAUGAAAAUCUUUGUAUUUUCUUUCAGUGGUUGGCUUAAAAUCUUACUAGUAGUGAGUAAAAUAUUUUAUAUUUGAUUUAUACAUGACACUAAAAUUAUGAAGUUAUUCUUGAUAGGUACUACCUUAAUAAAAUAGUAGCAAACAAUUUCAGUAUGUUUUAAAUGUGAGAAAUUAGUUAUGGGCCAUACUUCGUCAUUGGCUUACAGUGGGGCAAUGGAGCUAUGACAGUUUACACCCUUUAAGGAUCUGCCUCUAGUUCUUAUAGCAAAUCACAUUGAGCCUAAUCCAAAAUCACAGAAGUCAAUGGAAAGAAAUGGGGAAAUGGGGUUAAAUAUUAAACACACCUCCAUGAAUCUGCUAGACCAUAUAACUUAAUUAAUACUCAGUUCAGAAAUGGCCAGCAGCUAGACUAUAUUGCUGUGUGCCUAAAAAGAGGAUAAUAGCUGUAUGGGCAAAGAAAAAUAAUAUUGGGCGUAUAAGUUUGGUCUUAGUUUAAUAGAAACAAAUCCUUCAAUUGCUGCAAAAUUAUCUGAACGUACUGUAUUAUAUGUCUGCAAAAAGUCAAAUUUUUUCCUCAGCAAAAGUGGAUUGCAAUGAGUAUAUUAUGUAUAAAACAUAAUUUGUUAUGUGGGUGGCAAAAUUCAUUGCCCUAAUUUUUGUUUUUAUUAUAGGGAUAGGAUAAAUUUGUAUCUUUUAGAGAACUAAUUCAGAAAAUACACAAAAAAUAAAGAAAAUUGAUGUUUCUUCAACAUAUCACAUGAUAGUAUGCUUAAUAUACAAAUGUAUUAUUGGGAAAAAAAUUGUCUCUUUUUAAAAAUAUUAAAGGACAAAAUAUUGAGGAAAUGGAGGAAGGGUUAGAGGCAUUUUCAUUAAAGAAAGGCAUGUUGUUUCAGGGACAGUUUUGCAUCAAUUACCCUCAGAGCUACUUCUCUCAUAUGUAUUUGUUGUAAUCUAAAUGUGCAGAAGAACAACAAUAUUUUGUAAAAUACUGAUUCACAUUAUGAGAGAUGUGAAUGAUAUAUUUUAUAGAUUUAUUUUGUAAAGAUAGUAAUAAUACCUAGUAUAUGUAAAUAAAAUCUAUAGUUACAAAA